UCGUUUUGCUUUUGCGCGUGUUAAAUAAUCGAAGAAAAACUGUUACUCAGCGUUUAGGAUCGGCACCGAUCGAUCAUUCUUAUUCGUGGAUCUAUUAAAAAUGUGUUAUUCAUUUUUAAAAGACGCUCAACCUGUCGACUUUAAUUUCAUCGUAACAAACUUUUCAAUUCGCGGUUAGUGAUCGAUGAUAAAUUAAACGUUAAAAAAUAUGUAAACUUCUUCAAAAGAAAUCAAACGAGUCGACGUUUUGAUAUUGCAUUUUUCAUUACUUUCUCGUUUAAUCAGAAGUCGCAAGUGUACGUUACUUUCAACGCUUCUACGACAAUCUAAGUUCAUCAUUGAAAAAUAUAAGUGACGCAUGGAUUAAUAACAAUAAAACUUGUCUCUAAUUUAUACUAAAGAAGUUUUUUACCAAUCAAAGUUGGAAAAAGCUUUAUGUAUCCGGCAGGAGUAUGUCAAUCACACCGGAAGUUUCUUCAAGGGAUACUCUUAAUUCUAUCACUAAUUCGGAUGAUCGAAGCCGUACAGGAAGAUACGUAGCAGGUGGAGCGGCAUUAGGAGUCACAUUGCUUGCAUUACACCAUGCACUUUUACGUGGCACAUCUUCCAUAGCAGGAAUAUGCAUACCUGCUAUCAUAAUGGCAUGCUAUGUUAUUUGGGUACUUUAUUCCGCUCGUAGGGAUAGACGCAAGGCAUUAAGGAUUGCGACCGCCAUGCAACUGACGGAAGUAAUAAAUGAACCUGCCAGAUCCACUGAAGCCGUCCGUAAAAACGUCACAAACGACGUCGAUGAACCUGAUGGCAAUUUUACGGAAAAGAAUAGUCACGAAAAUCCUGUGUUUUUGAAAGAGGAUUACGUUCCAUAGAUCAAGAUUUUCUUUACACUUUCUUUUAUUUUAACCGUCACAGUUAAAUCAAUCUUAUUUUCCACCUUCCCUCGUAUUUAUUACAACUCGUUAAAGUUAUAAAUUUUUAGA